AUGAUGAAUACAAGUGAGGAAGAGUUCACAAAUUCCGAUGCAUGGCUUUCGGAGCAAUUGUUCGCACAGUUAAAGGAAUUUAAUUCAGACUACAGAGAAAAGUCUAUGCCGGAUGCUUCGGCGGCAUUUAUGUUUCCGUCUGGUAGUCUCAAUUGCUUGCGGGAGUAUGAGCCACAAGAUUUAACAAAAGCCAGAAUCGAUAAUUUUGAAUCGGUAUUUAAGCUACCGACGCCGACGAAUAUUACACCGUUCGACAUGAAUGACGUUCUUGACUUGAGUAAUAUAGCUGGUAGAGGAUCUGAUGCAGCCCUAUUGGAUUUAGUUGGGACAAUCCCAUUAACCCCGUUUACUGCACCGGUUGCGGAAAGUUCUAUAAUGGUUACUGAAACACCAAAAGAAAUAGUGGAGACAUUCGAUGCCACAGAGGACGAGUUAAAGCUUCUGAAAUUUCUCGAAUCGCAACCGCAAAGCAAUCAAUUUGAUACUAAACUAUAUAUACCCCCUGAAUCUCCUGCGACUGCUUAUCGCAUUGUGAAGUGUUCGAAUUGUAACUGUCUCUUUGACAUAAUAUCCUUUCAAUCUCAUAUCUGUGACUACGAUGAACAUCAUAAUCUAAUUAUACCUCCUUCAUCUACAUCAACGCCCGUUAGUAAGCCAAUAAAGGAAGAGCCUAUUUUACCUCCCGAACCAGCGUGUAUUCGCUUAUUACGUGAAAAUCAAAUUCGUAUUCGUCGUUUUCUAAAGGACGAACUUAAAUAUGAUGUUAACGCCUCGAUCAAUAACAACACAACCAACUCCAAUAAUACUAUAGGCAGUAAUACCUCUAACGGAGCUAAUGGUUCUAACUCAUCUAAUAAUAAUUCAAAAAAGCAAGAUGGACCACAUGAGUGCACUCUGUGUGAGCGCAAAUUUGUUCAUGCUUCAGGCUUAUUACGACAUAUGGAGAAACAUGCAAUGGAUCUCAUUCCAACACCGGGGGCUACAUCUGGAGGCAAAACGGCUGCAUCGCAAGGCAGUUCCCUCCAAAGCGUUAACGGCCUACGAGUGGUCAUUAAAUGCACUUUGUGUGGACGAAUAUUCUUCGAACCAUAUGCUGCAUUCAAUCAUUUAUGUUCUCAUUUUCCGGGAAGCAUGAAGGAAGAAAAGGAGUUUGAUAAUUGCGCCGAAAUCCCGUAUGAAUCGUAUGUGGAUGAUGCUAUGAAUUUUUUAUUAACCGAGGCUAAAAGUAGUUCAGGUGCUUUAACAAAUUAUGAAGAUAAACCUCCGAUGUAUCUCAAAAUGGUUAUCUUGAGCUGUAUUUUGCAGUGCGAAUUUUGUGAUUUUGUGUUCUCAGAGGUAUCAUAUUUGUUUGUUCAUUCGGCUUUUCAUUUGCCCGAACGCCGUUUUGAAUGCUUCGCAUGCGAUAUUCAUGUGCGAACGUCCAAGGAAAUUUGCGCACAUUGGCAAGCUGAGUGUGUUUUCACGCGGGAGAAUUUGAAAGUACACCAAGCCACCCUUCAGCGAUAUUUUGUAUGUAAUGUUUGCGAAAAUAAGUUUCAGUCACUUGAUCUAUUACAUGAACAUCGAUACACAGCAUAUCACUUUUUCCCACGGCUGAACAAAUGUCUCGGCGUUUUGCAACUACCAUGUGAAUAUUGCGAUGUAGUAUUUGAGUAUGCCCAAGAGUGUGUGGCUCAUUACGAAGAGAAGCAUUAUAAAAAGUAUAAACGCGACAAAGAUGGCACAGGCUCAUCAAACAAGACUCGCCAGUACUUGUGUGAUAUGUGCGGCAAGUCUUAUACACAAUCAAGCCAUUUAUGGCAGCAUUUGCGUUUUCAUCAAGGAGUAAAACCCUUUGCAUGCAAAGAACCCGGUUGCACCCGAAAAUUCACGAUUCGUCCUGAUUUGAAUGACCACAUACGCAAAUGUCAUACUGGUGAACGUCCCUAUCAUUGCUUGGUGUGUGGAAAGCGCUUCUUAACAGGUUCCGUUUUCUACCAACACCGUCUUAUACAUCGUGGAGAGCGACGCUACGAAUGCGAAGAGUGUGGCAAACGUUUUUAUCGUGCUGAUGCGUUAAAAAAUCAUCAACGUAUCCAUACAGGAGAGAAGCCAUUCGGUUGUAUAUUCUGUACUAAAAACUUCCGUCAACGCGGGGAUCGUGACAAACACAUACGAGCUCGUCACUCCCACUUGGAUGCCAAUGCACGAUUGAUGAUGCAAAUGCAAAAACUUCAGUUGGAAGCAGCAGCAGCAGCAGCUUCUGCCCAAGUAGCAGUUCAACAGCAACAAGCAAACACUGUUUUAAUGAGCGGAAUGCCCACUGUAGCACCCACUCUUUUGAGCAUGCCUUCUGCUAGCAAUGAUCUAAUUAGUAGCUUAGAACCGUCGUUAGACCCGAAUGAAGUUGUAAUGAUCGGAAAUGUUGCUUUUCCAAAAAGCAUGUUUGAAUCUAUAAUUCCAGAUAUAGACGAAGAGUCAGCCCUUAGAGCCAUGGAACAAUUACAAUAAGAUGACGACAUGUAUCUGUGAUAAAGAAAUCCAUAAACGUAAUUCUACUUAUAUAUAUAUAAAUAAUAAUAGA